CUGUCCGCCCCGCCACCGCGGCACGGCCGCACCGGGCGCCGUGAGCGCGGCUCGGCCUCCCGCAGGGGCCGGGGGGCUGCCCCCGGCAAGAUUUAACCCCCUGGAUCAGGCGGACCUAACAUGGCCCGCUUCGCCCUGGCCUCGUGUCAGCCCCAGGCCCGGCAGGUAGAUGUUCUUGUGGAAGGUAUCACCCUGAGUAGGCACAGCUCUCCCACCAGGCGAAUUCCCGCUGGCCACACAAGGAGCCAGUGAAGGAGAACGGGGGGGAUUCGCCGCGAGGCUGAGGUACGGCCCCGAGUGUUCGUCAGGCCUGUGGUGGUAACUUAGUUCCUGGGAAUCUUUCCAGCAGGAGGAAAUGUCGAUGUACUGCAGAAACCUCCAAUCCAGGUUGCCUUGCUCAAGGAAGAAAUAUCCAUCCCCUGUAAAGUCAUCUUCCCUUACAUGCCGAAAUACACCAAAUUUUCAAUCUCCUAUUACUGGAUUAAUUCACUGGAUCAGAAGACAUUUAUCUAUAGUAGGGUGGAAAACAUAGCCAUUCCUUCUGGAGAAGAGAAUAAGACUGCUGCCUUAGCUUAUGACCACAGAAUCAUGCCACUUGAAAACACCUCCUCUACUGGCACAUACUACUGCGAGGUCAAAUGGAAUGAUAUUAAAAAAAUGGGAAAAGGAGUGUUUGUUCUUAUUAGAGAUACAGGAUACAUAAAUACCUCUUACAGCUGGGAAAUCCUCGUUACCCUUACUGUUCUUCUGGCUGUAUUGAGCAUCACUGCAACUGCUCUGCUUCUAUGGAAAAGAAAGGUGUUGUGCCCUAGAAGGAACCAGCCAAAUAUCCUGAGACAGAAGGCAGAAACACAGCUGCCUUCAGCCAGCCCACCACCACUACCACCUCCUGUCUAUGAUAGCCUGGAUGUGCAGCAAGUUGAUGUCUAUUCUAGCCUCGAGAACAACACAAACAACCCAUCACACAGAAAGAAUCCUCCAGGGAAGACACCUAAGAAGCAAGAAACUCUAGAAGAAUCCUCUGAUACGUUGUAUGAGAAUAUUUAACAGGGAAGAUACCUGACCCUAUGUGGACCAGACAUCUCUCUGUAUAGCAGAGCUACUCUCUUACAUCCCUGAUGAGAUGCAGAUACAUGGAGAGAUCCACACUGACUUCAGAGCACAACCUCGAGGGAAUUGUGAACCCCUUGCCCCUUCUAAACUGCCCUUCAUUAACAACAGAAUGUAUCUGUUGAAAUCCCUCGGGGCUCGGUCUGCAUUGAUGCAGCAAAGCUAUUUUGCAGCAAAGCUGUUUGCUGCAAAAGAAAAGCUGCUUUUGUCAAGCACUUAUCUUGGGAAUGGGCAAUCUGUGAAGGUUUCUCUCACCUGCCCCGGCUGAAAUACUUAACUGUUGAUCCUCUGCAAGUGGUAGGACAAUCCGGAGAUUUCCCUGCGUGCUGGCUUGAUGUUCCCGACCUGCAGCCACCCAUCUGAUCCUGUGCUUGUGGCUUUGCUGAAACAGCCAUCAGGACCUCAUGCAUAGUUUAAUCAGAUCCAAGCAUCCACCUGCCCAUUUCCCUUUCUCAGGAACCCCACAGCAAACACGCUUUCUCAUAAUCUGCUAAUCCCAUCAAGUAGUCACAGAUGCCUGCUGCGACCUUAGUGGGGCGACUCAAAUCAGUGCCUCUAAGAAAAUGCUUCCCCUUCAGCAGUAUCAGCAGUGAGGACUGGAUGCACUGGUGGAGAUAAAGGUGGAGAAAAGGAACACAGAGAAAUAUCCCUUCCUGACAACAUGUCUCAGUGACAGUGCCCAUUCCAGAACAAGAAAGAGGUUCAAGGAGGGGGGAACGUGAGGAAACUCCCUUGCUGGGGCUGCAUAAGCCAGGCGGGUCUGGGGCCAGGCUCCAGCCUGCAGAAGUCCUAGGGGAGCUCCCCAGUUUCCUUUUCUUCUUGGCAGUGGGCAUUGGUGUCGUUUGGGAUUUUGAGCCUCUGUGGGAGCAGGCAUGGUACCUCUGCCCCAUCAAAACCAAUCCAUUGGCCUUUGUUUCAGCUGGCUGUUGUAGAGAGUAUAAAGCUCCUUUACCCCUCCACCAUACAUUAUUGCCAAGGAGAUCAGCUCUGAAACCUAGAACGACUGGAAGAAGGAGGAGGGAGGCCUUAGAAGUGAAUUUGCUGUCCAAGUUCUUUCUCCCCUGUCAGCUGGAACUUGCCUACCGUUUGUGUUGGUGCAUAUUCUGGUUCUGAUAGGGAAGGAGUUACAUUAAAUAGCUGUAGAACAUGAUCAAACCAGCAGAUCAAAAAGCUGAGGCUGUUUUAUCUCAUAUUAAAAAACAACAACAAAAUAACAACUAAACAAAACCAACCCAAAAUAAGAAUAUGCAGCAUAACUUGAGAGGAAUUGUAGAAACCUCUUUAAAGAAGAAGAUCAAAUUAAAAUUGAGCUCCAGGGUCAUAGGACCCUCUCUAGCUGAAGAUAAUGUUGCUAUGUAUCAGAGAUAGAGGCUGUGGAAAAUGUCUUCGGGGCCUCCAACCUUCCUAUACCAUGUUUAAAGAGAUAAUCCGCUUAUUGCUUUGCUCUUUUUAUUAGAAAAGAUUUCAAACAUGCAAUUUGGACUUUCUUUAACCACAGAAAAAUGUUUUUUCUCUUCCCAGCGCUGAGGAAUUCAUUUCAGAAAAGGCAAUGAAUGGACAGCAUGUCUUAUUAGAUCCAUUUAUAAUUUGUUAAGUGAUCACAACAAUUAUAAAUAUUUUUGAAGUAAAACAUUUUACAUUUUACUAAUAUGACCAGGAAAUAUUUGUGUUCACAGAAGAAUUUACAGAGGAUUGUGCAGGUAUAACAAUUCCUUUCCUUAACAAAUUUGAAGAAAUGAUGAGAUGAAUUAUAAAUAUGUUGCAGUGUGGCAAUAAAAUAUUCAGCAGAUGCUGGUGGAUUAGAUGAAAAGUAAAAACUUUCAAAAUAAUGAUGGUUAGGUUUUGUGUUUUGUUUUUUAAAUUUUAUAAGUGUUAAAAAUACUGGAUGCUACUGGAAAUUUCCUGGCAAGGAUCUCUCUUUGCAGUGAGUUGAUUUGUCUUGUGUUUCUGUUACCUUUUAAAGUAACA